CUCGCUUGGCGGGACCGGGCCUGGAGGGACGUCUUGUGUCGGUCCUUCCCGGCCUCUGGCGCAGGCUGCCGCCGCCACAGGCCGGGGCACUCGGGUGUAGCUGCUACUGAAGCAAAGAUUUAAAGGAGUCCUGAUGACAACGAAAGAAAACUUUUCUGCGGCAGCAGGAUCUAUAGUCGUCCCUUUGGGGCAUGUGAUUGGAAAUGAGAAGUGGAGAGGGUCAGAGAUAGCCCAAAAGCUACAAGGGAAAGUCAGACUCAUCUUUGAAGACGGCUUAGGACUUGUGGAUUUUCAUCUUUCAAACAGAACUUGUAUUUUAUAUAUUUCUGAAGCAGAUUUGGUUGCAGGAGAUGAAUUCAAACGACGAUUGGUUCGCUUUAGAAAUACCAGCAGUCUUGGGGGAAUUGUAAUUGUGGAGAGGACCCAAAUAAGUGACCAGUACUUCUCAGCAGUACAAAAGCUUGUGGUGCUGGAGCUGGGAAUGGUGCUGCUUCCUGUGGCAAAUCAAGGAGAAGCUUCUCAACUUAUUACUCAGCUGGUCCGUGAACAGAGCAAGGAACACAGCAGUAACCCCUUUCUCCGUAAACAGAGUUCUCAGCUCGCCGAGCCAGCAGUGUUUCGGACUGUGCAACAAAUCCCAGGAGUUGGGAAAACAAAAGCUCUGCUUUUACUGCAACAGUUUGGAAGCAUCCACCGGAUUUGUAACGCAUCCAUCGAAGAGCUUGAGCCAGUAGUUGGACAAGCGGUAGCACAACAAAUUCACAGUUUUUUAUGUUCCUGAUAUGCAUGUGUAGUGCUGGCUUGGAAGACAAACACUCCUUGUUUGUUUCUUCUGAAUUGCACAUAUAUAUUUUUUAAAUAAUCGCAUGUGAUAGUAAUCUCUCUAAUCCUGGUAGCAGCUGGCGGGUGGGCUAAUUGGUUAGGCAUUGCUCUGCUGCUGUUUCUUCACAGCUGUUCUGCUCAGGUAGACUCAGCUGUGAAAAUUUCCUUGGAAAAAGAGCUCUGAAAUCUUUUACAUCUGUACUGUACAAAAAAAAAGAAAACUGAGAGAGUUUCUCCUCUUCAGCAUCCAAGAAAAAACAGAAAAGCAAUUUGCCUGCUUACUUUUGUCUUCCAGAAAUCAACUUUGUAAGUGGUUGGUGUUGUCCUCUCAGUAACUGGAAAUGAGAGUUACAGUGCUUUAAAAAAAAAAAUAAUUAUAUGCCGCAAAGAAAGUAAUAUGGGAAGCUCUGAUCAAAAUUCAUAAUUCAACAUUUUCUUCCAGUAUUAAUCUUUCAGAUUUAUUUUUAAAGAAGAGGAUUGGUUUUAAAUUAUACUCUUAUCUGAUUUAGUAAAGGCAAAGUUGCUUUUUGCCUUCUGCACCCGUUGUGGAGGUGUUUAAAAAGCUGCUUCUAUACUACUUGGGGUUUGGAUCCCUGCAGGAAGGCAGUGAAGCUGCAUUUUCAACUCCCUUUCAUAAACUAAAGAGAAGUGAAUAGUGGAACCUUGGCAGCUCUGCAGCCAGUCUCACCCACUAGUUAGUGUGGACAUCAUACAGACCUGUUGCUUGUAUUGAUUUCUGACUUGUGAUUAAAGUACAUUUGUUUGUGGCCAUAAAUAUUUAAUUUACUUUGUGAAAACGAGCAGAACUUCCAGAACAACAUACUGUAGUCUUACUGCCAGGGAAUGCUUAAGCUUCUUUAUAAAUGUUUAGAUUUUACUCUCUCUUGCUGACUUUGACACUUUGCUAUGGUGUCUGGAUUUCACAUCUAAAGGUAUGUGGCUAUUAAUACUGCCAGGCAAAUGCGUUUUGGCUACUUCAAAUGGCCAUCUGUUCGUUAAAUACAGUAGUACCAAUUAGUACUAAUGGAGUUACAGGCUGAACUACUAAUCUAUUGCAAACCUUUAUUUUCGGGGGUUUAUAGUUGCCCUAUACAUCCUUGAGGAUAGAAGCUUGUUAGAAAUAUUCCUGUGGGCUGAGCAGGAGGGUAACAGGCUGUGAAAUUGGUAUCUGCCCCAAAUUAGCUGUUGGUACCACUCACUGCAGAAUGAGUCUUUGUCUGCUGACAGAAAAUAGUAUGUGCAUAUCUGUACGACAGUUGAAGCCCAAAUUUUGACUUGGAGGGGCUGGUAAAUAAAGAAAACGCCAACCCUUCCUAAAGAUUGAGUGAGUGAAAUAAAUGAUAGGAAGUGAAAGGCAAUCGUGCAGCUUGUGGGGGAAGACUACCAUAGGGGGCUAAGAGAAAUGAGGAUUGGAAGGGCAAUCCAUGGGACUUCACUAAAGCUUUCAUUAGCUGGAUAGUAACUUUAGUCAUACAUGCAAAGUAAAUCUUAUGGAAUAUUGUGUGGCAGGGUCUUGUGCCUUCACUGCUGCUGCUUGGCUGUGGAAAAGAAGCGCUACUGCAAAUGCACAUGAAAAAUAACUACUUAGGAUAGGUGAGUCACAAGUAAUUUACAACAGUUUUCAAUGUAACCUUUGUAGAGAAACUCUUAAGGAAAUGUUAACACCCUUGAUAAGGAAGUAAGUUUUUGACUGUAAUUUCUAAGUCCCUGUAUGAUACAAUAUAAACUUCUAAGCCAGUUUCUUAGAUCUUUGUAAAGGGCACUACAGACACAUGCAACAGGCCUGCCAGCAGUAGAGAGUGAAGACCUCUAAAUGGUGCUGGAUUACCCAAACUGGCGCAGACACAAAAAGCUACUACUAAAUGGCAGCAUCUGAUUUUUAUUCUUAAAUAAGUGUCAUCAACAUAUUUACACCUAUUACACAAGAAACUAAAAAUAAACGAGAACUUUAACAUUUAUACCCAGACACAAACUUCCCCCUUAAGUUUUGAGUAUCAAACAGCAUUUAUCUACUCUGUAGACAGCAAUGUUAACUAACACCACAGUGUUAGCAAUCCUCAAUUUCAGUGUUGGAAAAGAGUAUCUAAGAAAUGUUCACACAGUUCUCUGUCCUUACCACAUACAGCCAAUACUUGCUCAUUAAUUGUUCCAAGGGGGGAGGAGAUGGACUUUAUAUCCAUUUGGUUUUUAUUUAUUUAUUUUUUUUAAAUUGGUAUGAUAGUAAAUAACUGUUCUGCCACUUAAACUCCCAAAUGCUUCUUUUCUUAUAUUUUAAAGCAUCACCACAGUUUGAUCUCUUAUCAAUAUACUGGAACAUGUCAGGUUUGACAUCAGUUCCACAGCUACCAAUUUUAUCAAGACCAAUGAGAUACAAUUCUUAUGGUAAGUAGGUUAAGUAACUUAAAGUUUGGAAUAAAGGCUGUUUUUAACAACUGAAUCAGCAAGCAUUUAAAAUGUAACCUAGAUCAGAAAAGGAGCAGAGUGGAAGUCUUUUGUAGUUCAAAAGAUCUUUUGACUUCUAAGCCUUCUAAUUCUCUUCCAGAAUUAAAUUAACUAUUCAGUAGAAUGCACCUCAUACUCUCAGAAAGAGGUCUGUGUGUAAAAAACACCACUACGUGACACCGCUCCUUGGCACAAGGUCUGUUUCUCUGAAUAAUGUUAUUCUCUCACUUGUGGUUUAAGAUAAUUCCUUAGAGUAGUGUUAAGUCAUUUAUUAUUGACUCUCAACCUUUACAGCAAAAUCAUCCUUUAAUGUGUCCCCUAUUGUUUUGCACGCAGUAUCAAGUUUGUAAUAAAUAAAUCCCAUCUAUCACAGAUAUAAAAAUGUUAGUUGUGAUACAGUAUUUUGAAAUUCCAAAGGAAUCCAGUCCUCAUGUAAGCAAUCUUAUCUACAACUUUUUAUUGCUUGCCUCCCAAAUGCAACUUCAUUCUAUCCUUCCCAGGUCUGCAGGUUUUGCCAGCCCCUGACCUUCCACCGUGGGGUGACAAUGCAUCGUAAGUGAAAUCAAUGGUAUUUAUCUGAAUUUAUACACACGUGUACAUGAAGAUAAAAUCGAUCAAUAUGUUUUUAAAUACAUUUUAAAGAAACAUGUCAUGUUAACAGAUCCUUCUGAAAGAUUCAGUACAAUGAACUUUCCGUAUUCAGAAGCGUGAAG